CAUGUUUGGGUGUGCUUAAAUACACACACAAACACCUCAGAUUUCUAAGCUUAAUUUUUCCUCCUCUGUUCAAUAUUAAGACCAUUUUGAAUCCCAUCGAUCAUCGUCAUGGCAUCUGACCAGGUUAAGCUGUUGGGAACAUGGUGGAGCCCUUAUGUGCUUCGUAUCAAACUCCCUCUUAAACUUAAAUCCGUAGAUUAUGAAUUUGUUGAGGUGCAAUUACAGCCACCUAGAAGUGAGCUUCUUCUUCAACUAAACCCCAUUUACAAGAAAAUACCCGUCCUCGUCCACAAUGAUAAACCGAUAUGUGAAUCGCUCGUCAUCGUUCAGUAUAUCGAUGAUGUCUGGAAUACUUCUGAUACCUCCUUCUUCCCAAGUGAUCCGUAUGAUCGGGCCAUGAACCGCUUUUGGGCGGUUUAUAUUGAUGAUAAGAUAUUUCCGAUGUUACGGGCAUUAUCAGCUGCGGCGGACGAGGGAGUAGAAAAAGAGGCAAUAGACAAUCUUGUCGAAGCGGUGUUUCCCUUGGAGGAUGUCAUCAAGAAUUGCAGCAAAGGCGGGAAAUUCUUUGGCGGAGACAAGAUUGGAUUCCUAGACAUUGUUCUUGGAAGUUUCGUAGGUUGGUUCAAAGUCAUUGAGGUGUUUAACAAUGUUAAAUUGUUUGAUGAAAUCAAAUUUCCCAAUUUGUUCCAUUGGAUUGAUGAUUUUGCCGUUAAUGAAGCUGUUAGAGAUGUCUUACCUUCAACUGAUAAUUUGGUCGAGUUUGCAAAGGUUUUCUUUAAGAAAAGAAGCUAAGCUAAUUGUGAUUUUAUUUGUGAGUUGUGAUCUUUGCAUUUUCCUAUUUGUUACUUGUAUUUUAUACGUAUGUUAUACCCAUGAGACCUAUGUAUGAUGAGCAAUAAAUAUAUACGUAUGGUGGUGUCGGGAAAACUUGAUGUAUUUUGCUGUUUUUAUAAACCAUAAGAAGUGAUUUUAUUUCUAUAAUGGAUUACUCAUUACUUCCGCGUGAAAAA